AUGUCCAUUCCAGGUAUCUCCUCUUCCUUCCCCAUCGUCGGGUUGGGUCUUUUCUCAAUGAUGAUCCUCAACUUGUACCAAACUCAAAACGUUAUGACCAAGCGUGGCAAGGCAGGAGUUCAGUACCCUACGUUGUACGCUAGUGAGGCAGAGACUAAAGAAGAUUUCAAGAAGAUGGUGUUCAACUGCGCUCAACGAAGUCAUCAGAAUACCCUCGAACAAGCUCCAUUCGUCUUGGCAGUCCAGAUUUUCCUCGGUCUAUUCAAACCCGUUUUCACUACUAGUUUAGUGUUCGUCUGGGUACUCUCCAGGAUUGUUUAUACCUUGGGUUACUCUACGGGAGUUCCAAAGAGACGUAAUGGUAUCAUCUCAGAAGCGGGAGUAGUGGCGCAUGUUAUCUUGGGCUUGGUCUCAGCGUAUGUGGGAGGUAAAACAGCUUAUGCUCUUUACUUCUGA